AUGGCGGCGGAGGGUAGCGCAGUGUCCGGGCCGCCCCNCGCGCUGGAGCGCAAGCGCAGGGACCACAUCAAGGACAGCUUCCACAGCCUGCGGGACUCCGUGCCCUCGCUCCAAGGAGAGAAGGCAUCCCGGGCCCAAAUCCUGGACAAAGCCACAGAGUACAUCCAGUACAUGCGCCGGAAAAACCACACACACCAGCAGGACAUCGACGACCUCAAGCGGCAGAAUGCGCUGCUGGAGCAGCAAGGUGUGCGUGCGCUGGAGAAGGCCCGAGCCAGCGCCCAGCUCCAGGCCAGCUAUCCCGCGGACAACAGCCUCUACACCAACCCCAAGGGCAGUGCCAUCUCCGCCUUCGACGGUGGCUCCGACUCCAGCUCCGACUCGGAGCACGAGGAGCCACAGAACAGGAAGAAGCUGCGCAUGGAGGCCAGUUAG